AUGUCGCUGUCGUACUUGAUUCUGUUCGUGCUCGUCCUGCUUCUCCUGCGAGUACUACGGAUUGGAAGAAGACCCAAGGGAUAUCCCCCUGGACCACCCACGAUACCUUUACUUGGGAACUAUCAUCUGUUUCCGCAUAAAGAUGUCCAUCUCCAAUUCCAGGAAUGGGCGAAGCAAUACGGACCCAUUUACAGCGUCAUGCUGGGAACAAAAACGUUGGUGGUGCUUUCCAGUGCAAAUGCUGUCAAAGAUCUCCUCGACAAGAAGAGUGGCAUCUACUCCGACAGGCAAGAGAUGUACGUCGGCCAGACGCUAUGUAGUGGAGAUCUGAGAAUGUUGAUGAUGGGCUACACUCCAACAUGGCGAUAUGAUGGUCGUCUGGCAUCGCGGAGUAAGCCACUGAUCAUUGCCCUCACGCAGCAACGCCGCAUGGUCCACUCGCUCUUGAACAUCAACUCUGCAAAGUCCUACGUGCCCUACCAAAUGCUCGAGAACAAGCAAAUGCUCCAUGAGAUGCUCAUACAACCACACCUCUUCCUCGAGAAUAUUCGCCGGUACUCCAAUGCGCUCACCACGACCAUGGUCUUCGGCUGGCGGAGCCCGGAGUAUGAAGACCAGCACCUCAAGCAACUUUUCGAAGGCUUCAACGAGAUGGCUACGAUCAGUCAGACGGGCGCGGCGACAUUAAUCGACUUGUUCCCCGUGUUGCGCAAUUUGCCUGAUUUCCUUCUCCCAGCGAAAAAGACAGCCAAAGACCUUCACAAGCGCGAGAAGGACCUGUACAUGACUCACUGGCUGAACGCCAAGCGUGCGUAUGCCGAGGGCAUGAUCAAGCCAUGCUUUUGCGUCGGUAUGGCGGAAGCCCAGAAGGUCGAUGGGUUUAGUGAUGAUCAGGCAGCUUACAUAUCCGGUACACUCCUCGAGGCCGGCUCGGACACCACAUCCAGCACGCUGUACGGCUUCAUCCAAGCGAUGCUGCUCUUCCCCGAUGUCCAACACAAAGCCCAGUCCGAAAUCGACCGAGUCUGCCCCGACCGUCUACCCACCAUGGACGACGAGCCUCAUUUGCAAUACAUCCGCGGCUGCGUCAAGGAAUCCCUGCGCUGGAUGCCGACGACGAUCCUCGGCGCCGUGCCGCACGCCGUGUCCCAGGACGAUUGGUACAUGGGCUAUCUUAUCCCCAAGGGCGCCGCGGUGAUGAACAACGUAUACACACUCAACAUGGACCCCGAGCGAUACCCAAACCCAAGACAGUUCAAUCCGGACCGGUACAAGGACGACUUCAAAUCUGUGGCGGACUCCGCCAGUGAUCCGGAUGGUACGAAACGCGAUCAGUUCACGUUUGGGGCCGGGCGGCGGAUUUGUCCCGGCAUGCAUGUAGCGGAGCGUAGUUUAUUCCUAGGUAUCUCGAGGAUGUUGGCCGCGUUUGAUUUCCAGCCCGAGCUUGAUGAGAAGGGGAGGCCGAUACUCCCGGAUCCGGACAAGUUGACGCAAGGUUUUGUCUGUAUGCCACAGCGGUUCACGGCAAGAAUCACGCCGAGGAGCAAGGAAAAGGCGGAGAUGGUGGAGAGGGAGUGGAAUGAGGCGGAGAAGGCGCACCUACAUCCGGUCACGAAGCAGUGGGUCGAUGAUCCCAUCGGUGCACUACCGAGCAGGAAGACCUGA